GGAAAGUCUCUAACCAAUAGGAAAUACACUGAAACUCUAAUUGAUGUGGAACAAAAUCAUAAUUGUUCAAAAUGUUCCCCAUUCAGUUCAAAGCACGAUUGCAGUCAGUACUUCCUACUCCUGUGAACCCCUUGGAACAAGCUCUCAUCGCCAUCAAUGGAUGCGCAAAUGCGUGUGAUCUUUUCAUGGGGAUGAUCGAGAGACUUAAUUUUUUCUUGGUACACCUCUGCCUUAAGGGACCCCUAUAAGAAAAAGUCCAUUGGAGUGAGAUCCGGUGAACGUGGAGCCCAUUCCAUGGGGCAACGCCUGCCAAUCCAUCGUCCUGGGAAGUUCUCAUCUAGCCAAUCACGAACGGAUAAUGCAUAAUGAGGGGGUCUACCAUCUUGCUGGAACCACUCAGGCAGACUCUCCGAGUUUAUCAAUUUAAGGCAUUAAUUAAUCUUCUAACAUGUUUGGGUAUCGCUCACCAUUUAAAGUUACCUCAAAGAAAAAUGGUCCUGACAUGUGUACCCCAUAGCACUACACCAUACGUUUUUCAGAUCCUUGCUGUUUGGUCGAUGACAUCUAAUGCAGAUUUUUCUGCGACAGGUAGCGCAUAUUCUGCUUUAAAACACUUUAAGAGAAAUUAGAUGUAUUUGCCAUGGGGUAGAGACUUUCUGGACACCCUGUGGUGUAUCAUAUCACAGUUCUAGACAUUUUAGAUGUUCUUUUUCAUUCUUUUCGUGCUGAUUUCCUGCGGGGGAUUGUGGCGCCCUUGACUGGUGCUCCAAUUCCUCCUCGGCCGAGAAAAAGCAAAAGGGAAUCCGGCCCUUUUCCUAUUUCCCUCUUUUUUUUUUUCUCUUUCCUUCUAGCUCGAAAGAAACCUUACAUUUUCGUGGAAUGGUAUGGUUACCAUACAAGUUGUCCCAAAAGGCCCUUUACGCAAUUGCCUCCAAGAAUCCAUCUAACUCUUUCAUGCCCUUUUCUCAUCCAGGUGUAAUCAGUAUGCGUAACGAAAGAGCUGCAAUAAUGAAGUUCAUGAUGGGGCCAAAACAAAUAAUGCUGCUGCGAGACUUAAUUUCAUUGUCGUCUGUUCCUUCUGGAACUGCUAUCUGAGAGCUGACUCAUCAGCUUGAUGGUAUAAAGCCUCACUGCAGCUCUCCUCGUUCAUGUUUUAUAUAUUCUUGUGGGCUUUCCAUUAGAAUUCCUAUUUACGUCAGAAAUGUGUUAGCAAGGCGUAUAUAAAUAAAUUUGAUAUCGAAUGGGUCUUUUUUAAGGGGAAGGGCGAGGGACGACGCAAGAUGAGUGUGACUUCCAUUUCAAUCAACCAAGUCGUUUCGUGUCCCAAGAUCGUCAAGCCCGAAUUGGACUUGUGAUAUAGUGUCGACGGAAAUAACUGCCGAUUGCGCGCUAGGAUAGGAUCAAGCUGCUGACCUUCGUAACGCUCUUUUUGAGUUUUAUCUUGGUUACAUGAAAGAAACUGUCACAGUCUAGCUCGUAUUAAGGGACAUUUCGACAUUUCUGUCCAUUAAUUUUAUUAGUUUUGCCAUGCAUGUCAGGCCUGCACUUUGGUUGCAAUCAUGUUAAGAUAGUGUUUGCGUUUAUUGAGUGUUGCUGCCCUUUAUUCUUGAGCGUCUCCGCUCGAGUAGGAGACUACCUACGUAAGUAAUCGAUGACCUGAAAAGAGGCGAAGAACGAACAUGGAUGAAAGGAUGCAGUCGCGAUGGAUCGAUUGCGGCUUCCUUCACGCAGCCUCUAGUGUACCAAACAACUGGAAAUAUAUCCCUCUCGUCCAGUCUUGAGCAUUUUGAACGUCUUCGAUGUGAAUCAAUCAAUGGGGACCUAGUCAAUCACGACAAGAAGGCCGUCUUCCUUACCAUUCAUGAUCUGGGAUGCAAUCAUACGUCCUUUCACGACUUCGUGGAACAUCCGGCAAUGUCCGAGAUCAAGCAACGCUCCGUGUUUAUUCACGUGGAUGUUCCGGGCCAAGAGGAUAAUGCCCCCGAUUUGCCGGACGGGUUCGUCUUUCCUGCCAUGCAAGACCUCGGCGAUGCCAUGUCUACCGUCUUGGAUAUGCUGGACGUGAAAUUCGUUGUUGGUCUGGGAGAAGGAGCCGGAGCGAAUAUCCUUGCUCGAUUUGGAUUGGCUCAUCCCAGUCGUGUCCUCGGCCUGAUUCUCAUCCAUCCGACUUCCACUGUGGCCGGCGUCAUGGAGACCAUCAAAGACAAGAUCAUCAGUUGGAAACUUACCAACCUUGGGAUGAAUACCACGGCAGAAGAAUAUCUCAUCUUUCAUCGCUUUGGGACCCAACUGACUGAGCAAAUGGAGGUAACUGAUAACAAGGAGCGAGUGAUGAGAGAGUUCCAGCAGAAGCUCAAGUCAUCCAUCAACCCUAAGAACUUGAGCAAAUAUGUCAACACAUUCCUCAACCGGACUGACAUAUCAUCAAUCCUUCGGAAGAAUUUGCAAGUGGAGACAAUGGUGGUGGUGGGAAGCAAGGCGUCAAAUCUUCGUUCUGUCCAUACUAUGCAUCAGAGCAUGGAUAGCGCUCGUGCACAGCUCCUUCAAUUGGAUGGUGUGGGAGAUGUCCUCUCAGAAUGUCCAGAAAAGAUGGCCCAGUCCCUUUUGUUGUUUGUGAAAGGCCUAGGUCUAUUGACCUCUGUCACCAUGGUUGGAGUUCAACGUCAGCGGACAUUCAGUGGAGGCUCAGAAGAUGAAGUUGCAGGGCGUCCCAGGACACAGCGCUCCCUCAGCAUGGAGGAGUACGAUCGGCCAAAUCUUCAGCGAUUGCUUUCCCGUGAGAGGCGGGAAUCUCGAGAUGAAACUGUUCACGAGUAGAUAAUGCAGACUACUCAGGACCCAGGUCAAUUGCACAUGAAGGGAAGUUUGUGUUUGGUUGGAUGCAUUUGUAAGCAAUGAGAAUCUUCAAUAGGAGUGUAGGCAGGAAAAUCCCUCUAAGCACAUUGUGUCCAUCACUUUCUGUAGCCUCAGUUCAUCACCAAGCAUCUUUCAGAAGUAUUCUAUGCUCACCAUCAUUUUAAAGCAAUUUUAGGUAUUUGGAAGCUUUGUUUUGCAGAAUGGGUUCUCAUACUUUUCCUCACUUUCAUGUGUGUUCAGUCCUCUUUUUUGCUUGUCAGUGGUGUGGGAUUUCCCCCCUCCUCAUGUAACCUUCCCAUGUCCAUUUCAUUUUUGCAGAAAAUUGUUUUCAUGAGCAAUAUGGUGCCAUGUUUUGUGCAAAAGAGCCUAGGACUUUCUGCUGAAGUAGUGCUUCUCUGACUAGAUCUGAAGUGAAAGAUGUGCAAUACAAAGCUUGAGUACAAUGGACAACUGUCAUGAUUGCAAUCUCAUUCUGGCAUGCAAUUUUUAGAAUUUUUGUUGAAUAUCUGAUCAUAUGUUUUGCAUGGUGCAAGUAGUUAUCCAAAAUAGUGGCCAGGAAUUUCUCCUCUCUUUUGUAUAGACCUUGUAUGGUUAGAUCUUAUAUAUGCAUUCUAAAGUUUUGACUUAGGUCCCUGAGCUUUUGCAUGGCUCAUUCCCACUAGUGGAAAACCAGAGACUGAGUGAUCAUAGCUCUCUUUUGUAAAAUUAGUUGAAUUUCUUAUUGCUCAGUGCAAGUUGACAUUGUGUUGAUAAUGUUCUACUGCCAAUGUCUUCAAGAAUGAAUUAUUCCUGAGCAGGAAGGGAAUGAUAGAGUAUCUGCUGCCUCAUUCCAUCUAUUUUAGCAUUUCCUAUGGUGUAUAUAUGCUCAGGAAGCAGUCUGCAUGGUCAGAAGGUACAUACAUACCCAUGCCUAUGAGUGAAUUACAUUGUUGAUCCAUUUGUAGAAACCCAUUAUUGAGAAAUUAAUAAAGUUACCAUUUGAGACA